AUGGUCGGCGGUGCCUGCAUAAACGACAGACUGGGUGACGACGAGCUUCGGGCCGUUCUAUUCAAGCUGGAGCUCGACAAGGACAAGGAGGUGUUUGGCCUCGUCUGCAAGCGGUGGCUUCACAUCCAGAGCACGGAGAGAAGGAUGCUCCGCGCUAGGGCCGGGCCCCACAUGCUCAAGCGCUUGGCCGCUCGAUUUACGCGCCUCCACGAGCUCGACCUAUCUCAGUCUGCCUCACGAUCAUUCUUUCCUGGCGUCACCGACUCAGAUCUGACCGUAAUUGCUGCCGCCUUCUCCUCCUUGAGAGUUCUGAAUUUGCAUAACUGCAAAGGUAUAACAGAUAAAGGGAUGGAUGCAAUUGGAUGUGGGCUUCCUUUGUUAGAGUCUCUGGAUAUAUCCGACUGCAGAAAAGUGGGUGAUAAGGGUUUAUCAUCCCUAGCAAACGGGUCUCGUAAUCUGAAAUCAAUUCGUGCUGCGGGUUGCAGACUCGUUACAGAUGCUCUGCUCAAAGCACUGUCCAUGAGUUGCAGUCAUCUUCAAGAACUGGAUUUGGCAAAGUGCUCCAAUUUGAGCGACUCAGGUCUCGCCGUUCUUGCAGAGGGCUGCAAGAGAUUGAGACACUUGAACCUCAACAAGUGCACUAACAUUGGAGAUUUCGGGAUAUGCAGAUUGGCAGAGGCCUGUAACUCGUGGCUAUCGACUCUCAAGCUGCUUGAUUGCUUCAGGAUUGGAGAUGAGUCGAUGCUCACUAUAGCAAAAUACUGCAACAAUCUUGAGACGUUAGUGGUGGGUGGUUGUCGGGACGUGAGCAAUGAGGCCGUAAAGACUUUGGCUUUUGCGGCAUGCCAAACGAGUCUCAAGAAUCUACGAAUGGACUGGUGCCCGAACGUAUCGGACGAGUCAUUGGAAUGUGUGCUGGCUCUCUGUACCAAACUUGAGGUCCUUGAUGUUGGGUGCUGUGAGCAAGUGACGGAUGGUGCCUUUCGGAGUUUACGAAGUAAUGGCCGCGAAUCGACUAGUAGUUUGAAAAUUCUAAGGGUGAGCAACUGUCCAAAGAUUACGGUGCAUGGGAUCGCCACGAUUUUUGAGUCGUGCGCGGGUUUGGAGUAUGUCGACGUGAGGUCGUGUCCCCUUGUGACUGAGGCCAGGUGUCGUGAGGCUGGGCUCGACUUCUCGGAAAAUUGCAAGGUGAAUUUCACUGGGAGCUUAGCGGCAGAUCCAGAUGUGUUACGCUGA